UGAGUGUAAGCGUAAGGAUGACAUGGUUAACCAAGUGUACACAAAAUUUUCUCCAAAAACGACAUGGUAUUUGAUAUCGUUUUCCCCGAACCUAAUCAAAAUUUUAGAACUUUUUAAUUUUUAUUGCUGUUCCAAGCUUUAGCUCAGACACAACUCCAGAAAUUAUCCAUGGACCUCUCUCUGAUGCCUUCUUCGUACCCAGCACCCUGCACACUUUUUCACUCUCCAUCUCCAUCUCCUUUCUGGAGAACCCAAUACAGCAGUAAGCUGCUUUUCCUCGCAGCACUUUCAUCCUCAGCUACAAAUCCGACCAAAAUCCACCAGAAGCCCCCAAAAGAUUACAUCUUUCAGUCCAAAAACGAAAACCCAAAUCCGAGUUUUGACAACCCAGCCAGCAUUGCAGGUGCAGGAUUUCAUUGACAGAAUCAGAGCUCUGCCCUUAAAAAAAACAAGUGAAAUUCAUGGUGUUUUUUGAAAAAGAUGGUUGUUUUCAAACCGCAUCUGAAUUCAAUUCUCUGCUGAUGGCUCUGGUAAUAGCACAAGAGCCUGAUAUUGCCUUGAGCUUGUUUGAUGAAAUAUCAUCAGCUCUGUGGUUGGUGCCAGAUUCUCUGACAUUUUCCAUCCUGAUAAGGUGUUACUGCGGUAAAAACGAUCUGGAUGGGGCCAGAGGGGUUUUAACCCACAUGGUGGAAAAUGGGUUUUACCCAGAUCCUGCAACUUUUACUGUUCUGGUAAAUGCAUUCUGCAAGAGGGGUAGAUUGCAGAGGGCUAUGGAGGUUGUUGAGGUGAUGGGUAGGGUUGGUUUGAAGCCCACAGUGCAGAUUUACAAUUGCUUGCUGAAGGGGUUAUGUUAUGUGGGGAGAGUGGAGGAUGCAUAUGAUAUGCUGAUGAGAAUAAAGAAAGAUGAAGUGAAACCUGAUAUAUAUACAUUCACUGCUGUUAUGGAUGGAUUUUGUAAAGUGGGUCGAUCGGAUGAGGCGAUGGAAUUGCUCGUGGAAGCGAUGGAGAGCGGGUUGAUUCCGGAUGCGGUGAGCUUCAAUGCUCUGUUUCAUGGAUACUGCAAGGAAGGGAGGCCCAUGGAGGGGCUCAAUGUGUUGAAGAAGAUGAAGGAGAUGAACUGCAUUCCUGAUUGUAUCACUUACAGUAGUUUGCUGCAUGGACUGUUGAAAUGGGGGAAGAUUCGAAAUGCGGUUGGGGUUUAUGAGGAGAUGGUGGAAAAUGGGUUUGAAGUGGAGGAGAGAUUGAUGAACAAUCUUGUGAGAGGGUUGUGUAGGAGAUCAUGGAAGGAAAAAGACCUCUUGGAAGAUGCACACCAAGUGUUUGAGAAAAUGCAGAGCGGGCAUUCGGGUAUAGAUGCGAGUACGUAUGGCCUCAUGAUCCAGAGUCUUUGCAUGGGGAAGAAGAUGGACGAGUCUUUGGUCAGUUUGCAGCAGAUGGUUCGAACGGGGCAUUCGCCAUGGAUCGUCACCUUUAACAAUGUGAUUCAAGGCCUUUGUGUUGAGGGAAAGGUAUUCGAGGCAUUGUUAGUUUUGAGCAUCAUGUUCGAAGGGGGUAGAGCAACCGGUAGGGUAUCGUAUAACCCUGUAAUCCAAGAACUGAAUCGACAGGGGAGUUUCCUCGGUGCUUGUAGCGUUUAUGGCGCGGCGUUGAAGAGAGGUGUAAUUCCUAAUAAAAAACCUCAACAAUGAGAAAACUUUGCUCGUGCUCA